AUGCCUCACACCUCGAAGCGACCUAAGACGGUUAUUGGUUUGAAGCUAGCUAGAUCAAGGAGGACCCAUCUUCGACGAUGUCGCUCAGUGGAGAGCAAUAAGGUGAAAAGAAGGAAGUUAUGGAUGACUGAUGCAGAAGAAUACCAAGACGAAAAAGAAGACGGUGCUUCUUCAAGCAGAGUUUGUCGCAGUGCAGAAAAUGUGGACAUUGUUGACGGCAAGUCGGGGGAAUUCAGUGAGAUGCUUGAGGAAGGCGGUGUUCCAGGUAUUAUUGACCUCGAAAACACACAGGACUCGACUUCCAGUUCAACCGAAGAAACAUCUGGUAAUUAG